GCUCUCCUUGAGGAAGCUCGCCCAGGCGCCUCAUAUUUUCCUCUAAAUGAGCAUCCACACAUCAAUAUGAUGCAGUAUUCAGUCCCCGGCUUACCGUAGUGGCUCAACGGCUUCGUACAAGAAAGGAUUCUCGGUAUCUGCCACAUUUGUGAUCGAUUAUAUUUACUAUGGCAAGCUCUAUGAAUGCACCGGAGCGGCUUCAGCUAUGAGACUGAAAUUCAGACUAACCCAGGCCUGAUACACACGCCAUCAAGGAGGCCUGUUCAUGUCCACAGCGUCAAACCAGUGAGACCCCUCCAGCAUCCUCCCACUUCCUACCUUUCAGCUUGAUAUUUCUUGGCCAGGGCUCCUCAACUUUGGCCCGAGUUCCUCAGCCAUGUCAAGCCCUAGCAGCAGUCCAGAGAGAGAGGGAGGCGUGGUGGGUUCUGUUCAACUGGAGGACCUCUCAUCACCUCCAGGGUUGGAAACUGACCCAACCUUUGUUGGCAGUCCAGUGCUCAGUCCAGACUCCAGUUCCCAUGAUACCGCACUCUCAGCCCCGGCAGCUUCCCCAGCUGACUCAGAAAACCUUAGUCCAGAUGAGCUCGAGCUUCUGGCUAAACUGGAGGAACAGAACAGGUUGUUAGAGGCAGAUUCUAAAUCCAUGCGUUCAAUGAGUGGAUCUCGGAGAAAUAGUGGGUCCUCUUUGGUGUCAAGCUCAUCUGCGUCCUCUAACCUGUCCCAUCUGGAAGAGGACACCUGGAUCCUGUGGGGACGCAUCGUCAACGAGUGGGACGAGUGGAGACGAAAAAAGGACAAACUUUUGAAGGAGCUAAUUAGGAAAGGCAUUCCUCAUCAUUUCAGAGCAAUUGUUUGGCAAUUGUUAUGUAAUGCCACUGACAUGCCUGUGAAGAAUCAGUAUUCUGAACUCUUAAAAAUGUCAUCUCCAUGUGAGAAACUCAUACGCAGAGACAUUGCCCGCACGUACCCAGAACACGACUUUUUCAAAGGCCAGGACAGCCUGGGGCAGGAAGUUCUGUUUAACGUCAUGAAGGCAUAUUCUCUGGUGGAUCGGGAGGUUGGUUAUUGUCAGGGCAGUGCCUUCAUCGUAGGAUUACUACUGAUGCAGAUGCCAGAAGAGGAGGCUUUCUGUGUGUUUGUUAGACUAAUGCAGGAGUACAGGCUUAGAGAGCUGUUUAAACCCAGUAUGGCUGAACUUGGUCUGUGCAUCUACCAGUUUGAACACUUGCUACAGGAGCAGUUGCCCGAAUUGAAUGUUCAUUUCCGUUCUCAGAGUUUCCACACUUCUAUGUACGCUUCAUCCUGGUUCCUCACGCUAUUCCUCACUUUCCUGCCCCUACCAAUAGCUACACGUAUAUUUGACAUCUUUAUGUAUGAGGGUUUGGAGAUUAUAUUCCGAGUUGGGAUAGCAAUACUGCAGUACAACCAGACAGACCUCAUACAGCUAGACAUGGAGGGAAUGUCACAGCACUUUCAGAAGGUGAUUCCACAUCAGUUCGACAGCUGCCCAGAUAAACUCAUCCUACGGGCUUAUCAGGUCAAGUACAAUCCCAAGAGAAUGAAAAAACUAGAAAAGGAGUAUACCACCAUCAAGAACAAAGAGAUGGAGGAACAGAUUGAGAUUAAGAGACUACGUACAGAAAACAGACUACUGAAACAGAGGAUUGAAACCCUAGAGAAAGAGAGUGCUGCAUUAGCAGACAGGUUGAUUCAGGGUCAGGUGACACGAGCUCAGGAGGCCGAAGAGAACUAUGUAAUUAAGCGUGAACUUGCAGUGGUUCGGCAACAGUGUCAUAAUACCAGUGAGAGUCUGAAGAAGGCACAGGACAAUAUCCGAGAUCUUCAGCAACACAAGUAUACAGAGGAGUUUGUGAGUGGACUGCAGACUCAGUUGGAACAGUCUCGGCUGCAGGAGGCCGAACUACUCGGUGCACUGAAAGAAAUGCAGGACAAAGUACUGGAUCUGGAGAAGGUAUAUAUGGCAGCUCAUCUGCCUGAUGAAAUUAAUGUAGCUCAGCUUCAGGAGGAGUUGAAGCUGGUGAAACUGAGAGAGCAGGAGACACUCCGGUCCUUCAGAGAGAUGCAAGAGGCCGUUACUGACCUUAACCACUGCUGGCAGAAUCAUACAUCUCGUGGAGGAGGAGGCCAUUGGAAAGAGUCUCCUAAGAAGAAUGCAUUAAAUGAGUUGCAGGAUAAACUAAUGAGUUUGAGACUGCGAGAGGCUCAAACACAGGCUGAACUCAAAGAGGUCAAACUUAAAAAUCUGCAGCUGGACAUCCAGAACCAGAUCAAUUGUAAGCUAGUUAGUCGGCAUGAGCAGGACAGUGCCUCCCUGCAGGAGAGGCUCCAAAACGCUCUUUCUCACAACAAAACGCUACAGAGCCAACUAAGUGAAAUGAAGAGAAAGCAGGCUGAGUUUGACUGCAAGAGCAAAGAAGAGGUGAUGGCAGUGCGACUAAGAGAAGCUGACAGCAUGGCAGCUAUGGCUGAACUCCGGCAGAAGAUAGCCGAGCUAGAAAUACAGAAAGAGGAAGGGCUGAUCCAAGGCCAGCUGAAUCACUCAGACUCCAGACAGUAUAUAACUCAACUGAGACAGCAGAUCGCUGAACUCAAGAAUGAGAUCAGGCACCUGCGUGGACAGCCCUCCAAGUUCCAGAACACUGGUGGAGGGGUUUAUCAGGACCUGUGUUUGGCUAGCCCAACAUCUGCUGAAGGUGAUUACCUCAGUUCAGACGAGGACCCUCUUCAGAGCCACCUGCCCGUGACCGGCCUAUAUCCACACCACUCGUCACCUUGCCUGGACAGCCAAGGCAGCACGGACAGCGAUGAUCCAGCUGAUCUCCAGUAUGGCCCACCUCCCUCUCCAACACCCUGGUUACCUGUCAGCUCUAGAGAUAUAAGAGACAUGGACUGUUCUCUCAUGAGUCCUCUGAGGGAUUUGGCCACAAAACACUGCAGCUUAUGUGGCAAGGUCUUCUCCUCUCUUGCGGGCCUGGAGUCUCACGUGAACAGAUCACACGGUAGUCAUUAUGGACACUCUCUGGUGUUCAGAGACAACAAAGACCCUGUGGUGUCAUGUAGGGUAAAGGAACGGACAUUUGAGUGUAACCAAUGUGGGAAGGUCUUCAAACGUUCAUCUACUCUCUCUACUCACCUCCUGAUCCACUCGGACACAAGGCCAUAUCCCUGCCAGUACUGUGGCAAGAGAUUCCACCAAAAAUCAGACAUGAAGAAACACACCUUUAUUCACACAGGAGAAAAGCCACAUGUGUGUAAAGUGUGUGGUAAAGCCUUCAGUCAGAGUUCCAACCUGAUCACACACAGUAGAAAACACUACAGACCCUUCAGCUGAACACACUUACCCACAAAAUCCAGAUCUGCAUCAACAGCAGCUGAAUGGCUACCAAAGCAAAACUUUUGUAAUCUGAAUGUACUUUAUGUAAUUAGCUUUAUAAAACACAAAAGUAUUAUAAUUAUUAAGUGUAUUUUCUUCAAUAUUGUUCAAACCAAGUCAUCAUUAUUGCCCUUAACCACAGUAUGACAAACAGAGGUGCAGAAAUGAGUCAACUGAUAGGCUGCAGGUUCAUUUGAUUAACCGCAAAACAGAUAUUUGUUUCAUCACUAGAUAAAAAGUUGUGGCAUAAAAAGCAAAUCCACCAUUGGCAUCUAUCCGAGGGCAUGUAUGUUAAAGGAACCUGAUACUAGCUGCAAGCCAGGUGGCUAUAAUUACAUUAAAGGUGGAGCAAUAUCACUCAGCAUUUGAAUACAAAAAAAUAAUUUGACUGUUAAAGAGAGCAAAAACGUUACUGAGCAGUGAUAAGUUUUAGUUUCCCAAAUUGUUUUUGAAUUUGGCUUCAAAAAUGUACACGAAUGUGUUUUUGUGAUAACUUGAGACAUUUCUGUGACCUUGAUUCACAAAUUUAACUGAUCUGAUACAUCACAUGGAUGGUGUUUGUAUAACUCUAGAAAUUCUCCUUUAAGAAAUGCAUGUUAAUCUUCUAAACAGGUAUGAGUAUGGAGUGAAUUAUUCAUAUCGGUUACAAUGUGUUUUUGUUUCAUGACCCUUUAAAGUACCUUUGUUUUUAAAACACAAAAAAUAAAAAUGUCAAAAUGUUACAAGAAUAUCCUACUCAACUGCAUGUGACUUAAAAUAAAUGUUAGGUCAGAGGUAAUCCAAAAGUUAUCAGAUUAGAUGAGCUAAAAACAGAAUGUCAAGUAAUUUUAAUAAGUACCAGAUUAUAAUUCCAGAGUAAUAUACCCAGCACUACUCAAAACUAACCCUUUAUUUUAGUCACUGACAUUAAGACAAAACAUCACAAUUCAAGCUUUACUCUUGGGUUGCAUGAUUUCAUAUUUACUGCUUCAUGCCACUGUUUUCAAAAAUUCAUGCAGAAAUUGGAAUUUAUUUUCAAUUAUUUUAUCAAGUGAAUUUUGUUGUCUGCCAAAUGUACUUGUUCUGAGCAUUAAUGUGUUCAUUCUAAGUGUUUGUGCUUAAAGUUUCUAAUGUCUUUAAAGGGAUCUAAACAUACAUACUGUAGAUAAUUGAAAUAAAAACUUUUCAGGCAUCAUGAGUGCUGAGGGUGCAAGUUAAAUUCAAAGUACAUUUAUCACAUGGAGUCACUU